AUGUUCUGUGACCAUCAAGGAGAAUAAUCAUUCUGUAUAUGUUGUCAAUAACUUAUUUGUGAAUUAUGUAUAUGUUGUACAAAUUCAAAAAAAAUAAAUGUGCCAAAAAUACAUUUAAAUGCACUUUGUUCAAGAUGUGAUUAAACUUAAGCUUAAAUUAAAUGUGAAUAGUGUAUGUUUCAAUUCUGUUAAGAAUGUUUUUAAUCAGUUCAUAAAAUAGGCAAAUUUUCAACUCAUAUCAAAAUUGAAAUCAAUUAAGAUCUACACUAAUAAAUAAUCAAAUAAAUGUCUAUAAUUACAGAACUUGAAUAAUACUGUUAAGAAUAAAUGACAUCGAUUUUAUAAUAUUUUGAUUAGAUCUAAGUAGUAUUAGAUAGGAAAAAAAAAUAGUUUCUUGAUGUUAUAUCUAAUUAUCGUAAUUAAUAAAUAAAAUAGCUUAAAUAGAGAAUAAAUUUAAUUGAAGCAGCUGUCAAAAUUAAUUCAGAAUAAUCUUUUGAAAUCCCAAAGUGUCUAAUUUAUUAAAAAGAAACAUUUAAUUUAACCGCCAAAGAAUAAAUUAUAGACUUGAUUUUAAAUAUUGAUAUUUAAAAAAACCUUGACUAAAGUACUCUAAGUCCACAUAAAAUUCUUACUUAAUCAAAUGUGAGAAGGAGUGCCAGUUGUAAAAAAUUGGAAUCUUAAGAAAAAAUUGUUGAGAUUUGUGAAACUUUUGAAAAGAGAAAAUUUAUUAAAUCAUUGUGUUAAUCUAAUUCAAUUUAAUUAUAAUGGACUCAUUCUAGAUAGAAGGUUGACUAUAAUUUAGAAAUGGGAAUUGGCAUGAAAAUUAAAGGAGUUGAAUAAUUUAAAUAAAUUUAUAUAGGUAUUGAACCAUAAUUUACAAUUACUGGAUUAUAAGCAAAAACCAAUUACAAAUUUAGAAUUUAAAGUAUAUUUGAAAAUAAGACAAGUGAAUUCAGUGAAAUCUUGAAUUUAGCUACAUCUUAAUAAUAAUCUAUUGAGGAUAGUCUAAUAAUUUCUAAGAAAAUAAUAAAUAAUGAUAUAUAGGUUUAAUUUGAGAAACCUGGAUUAGUUUUAGGCACAAAUCCAUUAUACUUUGGAAUAUGGUCUUGGGAAAUCAAAUUAAUAAUUAAUGGAAUAAUUGAAGAUUUGACAGCCAGUUUGGUUGUUGGAUUAGCUAAUAAAUAAAGAAAGAUUGUUGGAACUACAUUGAAUUAUGGUUAUUAAAGAGACUCCUUGAUUAUUAAGGUCUUAGUUGAUAUGGACAAUAAGUUAAUGACUAUAACUUCGAAGAUGCAUCCAAAUGGAGAAAGAUUCUAUAAUAUAAUAGGUCCUGUAUUUCCAGCAUUUUAAAAUAAAAAUACUCAUAAAGGAUCAGGAUGUAAAUUAUUGAUAUAAUAUUAAUAAUUAUGAAUAAAAAAGAAUUAAGAAAACUUAAUUCAUAUGUAGAUAAAGAAGUACUCAAUCUGACAGGUGAUCUUUAUCCAUUUGCUCUUUUCUCAUAAACAAAACCACUAAAUCAUUAGAAAUGGGUUUAAGAGGAAAUAAUGCUAACUAAUCAUAACAUAGAAAAAGUGAAGGCAUGGGUACGAGAACAAGAGAAAGGGUAAAUGUUUAGAGGAGAAAAAGUCAAUUACGAUCCAGAAUAUCUUGAAUUUAAAGAAGAGGAAAUAAGUAUUGAUAAUGAUUGGAGUUUUGAAGAGACUUAAUAUUUAUUCAAUUAAUUGAGGAACUUUAAUUACAAUUUCAUAGUACUGUCUGAUAGAUAUUCAUAUCAAAAUAAAAACAGAGAUAUUUAUUAAUUGAAAGAUAGAUAUUAUAGUGUUGUUAAUGAAGUAUUAUAGAAGAGGAAUGAAAAAUCACAUAUUCUAUAUAAUUAUGUUUAUGAUGAAGAAUAUGAUCGAUUUAGAAAUAUGGAACUUGAAAAGUAUUUAAAAAGAACAAAAUAAAUAUGUGAUGAAGAUNAAAUAUAUAUAUAUAUGCUUAAUAAUUUAGAUAAAUUAGAAUAUCAAAAAUAUAUGAAUUUCAUAUUUUGCAUAUUUAAGAAAAUGAUUAGACCUAAUUUACUAAUAAAAGUUUUUGAUAUCAUUUUAUUAAAGAUUGAAUAUGAUAAGGCAUUAAUAAUAAAUUCUUUAGUUAAAAAUUAUUUUUGUGGAUAAGUACUAUCAUAAAUUGAUGAAAAUUUAAAAUGGUUAUUGAAAACUAAUAAAUAAAAUCAUGUUUUCUAAUACAAUGUUAUAUUUCAUUAUGUAAUAAAUUGA